CUGUCUUUCUCUCUACCUCUCACUCCCUCUCUCUCGUCUACUAGUUCCAGCUUGUAGCUUCUUCUCAUCGAGACCUGGGAUUAUCGUCUUUGGAUUAUUUCUCGGUCCCACGACCAAUUCAACAGGAAACGGCCCGACACUGAGAUAAACAAAAACAAAGCAGAGAGAAACAACAAAAAGAUAUUUAGCAAAAAUUAAUUAACUCAUUCAUUUAAUCAAGAAAACAAAUGAAAAUAUAAAAACCGCGAAAAGAUGUACCUUGGAUGUACCUGGCUGUCCGGCUUGAGUGUUACUUAAGUGUCCCCUGAGUGUCACUCGAGUGUACCUUAAGUGUCCCCUGCCUUAUGUGUGUGUCUACUCUCACUCUAUACACACACACAUACAUGUGUAUAUCUCUCUGUAUAUAUACACAUGUAUAUAUACAUAUCUACAAACGUAUGUCUAUGUCUAUCUAGGUAAUGUACCCCUGUGUACAGAUGUUCACUGGUAAAUAUUUCUCUACAUACAUGUGUGUGACCAAUAUAUACAUAUACCUACUUGUCUAUAUAUUUUCUCUAUAUACACCUGUAUAAGUAUGUAUAUAUUCCGAUGUAGACCUCAAUCCAACAUGUGAAUACAAAAGAAGGAGAAACUCUUCAUGUUGAACAAUAAAUCUCUAUCUGUGUGUGUAUAUAAUAUGCAUCAUACAUGUGUGUAUGUAUGCAUAUUUAUGUAUACAUACAUGUUGAUCUCAGUGUACCUGUCUCUAACAACGGCAAUUCAUUAACAAUUCAUAAACCCAAUUAAGGACUAAAUUACUUCAGUGGAUACAAAAACUUUAAUUAGAUGCAGACCAAAUGGAUAAAAUAGAAGAACUGCUACCUGGAAUCGAAUCCUUCUUCACUGAAAUUCUUGCUCAAGAAAACCUGUCCGAUGCUGCUGAAUCUCGCUGCAAGUAUUAUGUUGAACGACUAGAAAUAUUGAAAUUGCCACCAACCAUUCCUCCAAGACCACGACAAGAAAAUCCUCAGGAACCUAACAAAGGGUUAUUUUCGUUAUCAUCUGGUGAUGUGGAGUCCUUCAUCAACUGCAAGGAUCAAGUACCUCCAUUGCCUCCAAGGGACAAUCAGUACACUGGAGACAAAAAAUGGAACUCAAUCCCGGUGCCGAUGAUAAAACUGGACAGAGCUGAAUCGGAACCCAAUGUUGCUGACUUACAAACUGAAGAGGUUCCGCCCGAGACCAAACGCGAUUCCAUUGAAGUGGAAGAAGACUCUGAUGAGGAUGGGACGAAACUUUAUGAUGACAUCGACCCAAGUCAUGUUGGGGAAACUUCCGAUAAUGAAGAUUCUGAUUUGUAUGAAAUUCCGGUCACCCAGACUUCGGAAGAGAGCAACCAUGCCGUUGAACCGGUUGUCGAAGUGAUUGAGUGCGGUAACCAUGACGAUGCCUCCUCAGAAGAAGCUGCUGUCUCCCCAUCAACGAACCGACCGCCGUUGCCACCACGAAAGGCCAUCACAUCGGAACCAAUCAGGUUAGAGAGUGGUCGCAAGAAUGGCAACCGUCUGCUGUGGAGUUUACCCCCCCAGUUGCCUGCGAGGCCCCAGUUGGCCACCCGCAGGGAAAUAUAUGCCAUGAUGUCGGAGAAAUCAGAACACACGGACGACAACUCUGGCCCCGAAUACCUGCACCGUAAGUGGAUUAUGAGUGUUACACAACUUUCUGCUUACCAACGAGAGAUGACCGAUGUCCUUACGAAAAUAAGAAAGGCAGAUGAAGAGAGGGCAUCGACCUGUUCCAAUGACUACGACCGAAGUUCAGAAGUGCGGAGCAAGUUAAGCAUUCGUCUUCCAAAAAAUCUGAAGAAAAUAAAGAAAAUUAAACACAGCCGCAAAACUCAUUCGUCCUCUCAGUUGGAACUUGUUCAACCCGUGAAGAGCCUCGAAGACAUUGUCAUCUCGGGGGAGUUGUACCUCAAGAAGAAGCUGACGUGGAGCAAGCGUUUUGUUGUGAUCAGCGCUGGACGUCUCAUGUGUUACAAAUCAGAGCAGGAUCUUCGACCUUGUGUCGUCGUUAACCUGGCUGGCUACUCUGUCAACUUUAUUGACCGUGACAGUCGUCAUGGAUAUGAACUGAAGCUGGUGCACCCCACCUCUGACACGCUCCAUUUCUCCGUCGAUUACCGGGACUGGGCUCUCAUCUGGACUGAGGGAAUGAGAUGUGUGUCUGAAGGCCGACCGGUUCCUAAUUCUCCACACUUCCUCAACAGACCGUUCAGUGGCCAUUCCGAUUCUGGGAUGGGAAGCAGAGAUUCUUGCAGAAUACAGGAUUAUCCUUUUUUACAGGUUGACAACAAUGACAUGAGAGGUUCAGUUUCAAAUCUGUCCAAUGACAGCAGUGAAAGGGGCAGCCAAGACGAGAACCUGCAUCGUCCACCUUCAACAUCAGAAUAUUUGUCUGAGAAAGCACCACCACGUAUGGGUAACUUAGCAUUGAGGGCAUCGCGGUUCUUUGAAAACCUCAACUGGCGGAGAUACCCAAAAAAAGAUCCAGAUUUGAAGCUAAGCAGGUUCUCAUUGAAUUCUUUGCCAAGGAAAAAGAACUCCACCCCUGAUACAUCCCCUGAUAUUCCCAAGUCCGAAAAAUUGGUUUCCUUAUUGGAACAGAGCUGGCAGGAAGAUACUAACAUCUUGUGUAAAAGCUACCUCAACAUCUACAGCAGUUUCAAUAAACGACGGUGGGGCAAGCGUUGGUGCCUGGUGAAGAUGGGAGAGUUUGAGUGUUACAUGAACCAGAAGAAUAACGUCUGUGAGUUGAGUUUCCCGCUCAAGGACUGCGUUGUACGUUCGGCCAAGACAGAAACGAAGAGUGACCUUGGCUUGAUGAUUCUAAAAGACAACAUCGAGAAAAUCACAGUCGAGCCCCUAAAUGACGACGAGAUGCAAGAUUGGUUGGCAGUGCUGAUGGCUGAGACCUCUACGGAGAAUGUUCCAGAAGGUUUGGAACAAUACUUUGAAGAGACGCCAUAUUCCGAUAUCCCUGUAGUCAGACAGUCCAGCAUGAAGUGUCCCAAGAAUGCUAAAAAGACACCUGAUGUGAUUGACGGAUCUGGACAAACUGGGAAAGAUGGUGAAAAUGUAGUUGAUGAUGUAGCGUCAACAUUGUCAGAUCAAGUUGUCAAAGUUUCUGACGGAAGCUUAACAAAUCUGAAAGAUGAGCAGCUGCUGAGGGUGAAACAAGAAACGUUUGGUGCAACAGAAGUUAACGAGGAGAUAGAAGAAUCUGGUAACGAAGUACUGCUGUGGGACGUGAACAAGAGGAACUCAUUGGGUAAUUUGUACAGUCAAGUGGAGUACAAAGACAGUCUGGCAGGCUUCUCAGGCAGCGGCACUGAUUUUGGUAGUGUUAGUAUUUCUGAUGAUCUCUCAAUGAAGUCUGGUUCUAUUGACUUCAGUUUAAAGAGGAGUUUCUCAGAAAAACGGUAUAAAGGCAUCAACAGUUUGGCCAACUCGUGCAGUGAACUGAACAGCACUUGUACUCGGACUUCAUCGCAUGGCAACCUGGACAAACUCUCGGCUGCUGAUUCAAAUGACACUUUCAAUGACUUCUUUUAUUCUUGGAACAAUCAGCGUCGGAGCAGUGAACUGCUGUCUGAGCUGGACAUCGAGACGUUGAUGCGGUCUUGGGAUGUGAAGGCUAAAAUCUUGAUGAUUGAGGAGAAGAACCAACAAAACAAAGAAUAUUCCAAGACAGACUUUGCACAGAAUGGUAACACAUGUCACUCGCCAUCAAACAAGAAACCAUUCUCUGUCGGUCCUAUCUCUUCCGUCUCCAACAAUGACUGUGACACACCAGCCUUCUGUUCACGGACUAAAAGCUUGAACAGUGCCCGGAUGGCUCGCAAUAAAACAACACCAAAUGGUUUGUCAAAAGCGGCAGCAGCACCAUUUCGGAAAUCGACUGGCCAUGUGGACCGUCCAGCAGACAUCCUCCAGACCAAGUUGGACGAGAUGAGAUCUAAACUGGUCAGUUUGAAGCAAAACAGAAUUGCAACACGAGACAAGAAACUGCGAGCGAGUGAUAGCAACGAGCGAUUAGAGUAUGAAGAGGAAUACAACCGACUUGAUACUGAAUGUCGUGUGACGGAUGAAGAAAUAAGUAAACUGGAGAAGAUGCUGAAGAGUGAAGAAGCGGAUGAGGAGGAUGAAGCAUCAAGAUUUUCUGUGUCAGAAGCCUAAUAUGGACGAUGUUUUGUUCCUAGAUUUGAUUAAUUCCUAAACUUAGCAGAAAGUUGACCAAAUCUCCAAGACUGGGGGCAUCAAGAGUUGCUGUUUUCUGGAGGUCACUCAUUGAAGCAAGGAACUGCAAUCUUACCAAUUUGCUUACCUUUAUCUUCACCAACUCAGUCAAUGGGGAGGGCCAUCUUUGGAAACCAAAAGAUUGCAAAUUUACCAACUAACAAACCAACUGACCAACCAAACUUCUUCCCUUAUCUCUUCAUUGAAUGAAACUCUUGGAAGAGACAAGGAGAAUGUUGGUGCCAUUUCCCUCUUACCAUUGUACAGAGAACAUUGACAACAACACUGUACAGAAUUUGGAAUAUAUAACACAUACAAACAAUGAGGUGUGCUCAAGCAUGAGUGGGUGUGAAAUGGGAGAUGUGUAUGUGUGUGCGUGUUUGUAGUUCUGUUAGGAGAGAGAGAGAGAGAGAUAAAAUGUGUGUGUGUAGCUGUGUGUCAAUACUGUAUAUAUUAAUGAGUUUGUGUGACUAUAUAGAUUAAAUCUCUGUGUGCGUGCAUAUAUAUAUUUCUGAUGUGUAUGUUGUUUUAUGUAAAUAUACAUGCAUACAUACAUCUAUAUAUGUAAUGUGUAUAUGUCUAUAAAAAUAUAUAAAAUGUGUGUAUAUAUAA